ACUGCUCACUAAUAUCGGACUGCCAUAGGUAAAUUUUAAGACUGCGAGAACAAAGCCUUAAGGAAUGCCUUCACAGCAAUGUUUUAAAAACAGGUAACCCGGAUAUUUAAAUCGGGUUAGAUGUACUCAAACCGCAAGGGGUUCACUCAUUAUUUUGUAUUGAUUAUGAAAAAUUAUACCGAAGCGAUGGAUCAAGGAUAAUUUUUAAAGAAAUGGAAACUUUUGUGGAAUCAUGUCCUCGGAAUAUUACAGAGGUCUUAGAAUCCUCCACCAGGUUGGGUUGUGGUCAGGACAUAUAUGGAAACAAUCAGUACAUCUGUGUCCCACAUACAAACAAAACAGGACUUGUACAGCUGUGUUUCAGGGGAGUCAUGAAAUUAAUAGAAAGGGGCAACUGUUUGGAAACCGACGGAGAAAACCUUUAUCGCGUCGAUUGUCUUGGAUUUUCAUCAGGUUGUCCUGACGAAGACUAUCAAAGCAAUACAAUAUAUCAGUAUCCUGCUUGUCAAAGCAUCAACACUGAAAAACAAUGUUUUCUUGCUGAAUCCUCAUGCCUUUAUAUCUCAUGGAGCACUGUUACCAGCAACACUUCAUUUGAUAUCCAAAUAACAACACCCGCUCCUCAAUACGACCCAUCUUAUGCAGCAGAGAUUGCAGGCGGUCUGACUGCUGGUCUGUUUAUACUUGCGGUUAUUCUGAUAUUUGCUGUGGUCCUUUGGAGGAAAAGGCAGAAUCAGAAUAUUGAGGAACAAGAAGACACACCAUGCAUUCUCUUCAAACGGAAAAGUAUUAAAUGUGAUGAAGAAAUUCGGCAAGGUUUACAUUUCUAA